GGAGUGGAUGUGUCCGUUGCUGGGGUUAAUUUGUGUACUUUCGUACCAAAGUCUACGUGUACGGAUGCGAGUGAUCAAAAGUUUUGUGAACUUAAAAAAAUGUUUUUGAGUGUGCUCAGGGGUGAUUGUGGAAACGCGGUGUGAAACUGUAAGGAGUGCGAUGCGGUGGGGCUGGCGGUACGCGGAGUGCGGGCCGCUGCUGCGCGCGCUGGCGCUGCUCGCGCUGGUGCCGCGCGCCGCCGCGCCCGCCGCGCGCGCCUGCGCCGCCAACCCGCUGUGCGUCUGUCGCGGCGACCACUUCGCCUGCGACUUCGUGCCUUUUCACCGGUUUCCUGAUACUGAGGCGGGCGCGGCGCACGUGGCGGUGACGGGCGCGCGGCUCGCGGCUCUGCGCGACGCGGCGCUGGACGCGCGGCCCUUGCGCACGCUCGUGCUCGUUGACUCCAAACUGCAUCACGUCGACGCACAUGCCUUCGCCUCGAUGACGGCGAGCCUGGCAUCGUUGGACCUUAGCUACAACGAGUUCACAGAGGUGCCUGUCGCGGCGCUGCGACAUCUGAAGGUGCUGAACUGGCUCAACCUGCAAAACAACUACAUAAGCGAAUUAGAUCCGCACAUGGAUUGGGGUGGCCUCACAGAAUCUUUGAGCACCUUGUCCCUCAGCAACAACCACAUAUGCGUACUGCACGAAGGUGCCUUAACCUCUUUGCGCCAUUUGGUGCAGCUAGAGUUAGAUGGAAACCGGUUGAGGCACCUGCAUUCUACCGCAUUGCCUCCUUCGCUUGCAAUUCUGCGCCUAUCUGAUAAUCUCCUAACAGAUCUGCCCUGCAAGGUGCUGCUUCUCCUUCCACGCUUGAGGCAUCUGCAUCUACGAAACAACAUGCUCCAACCAAUCUCAAACUCUACGUGUCGAAACGAUCGGUCCAAAAUAGACUCCCUCGAUUUGAGUCACAACGAACUCAGCGACAACUUCCACUUCGAGUUCCAUCACAACCUUCAGUUAAAGCAGCUUAUAUUAGACUUGAAUGACUUUACUAGUGUCCCUUCGUUUGUCUUAAAUUGCGGACGGCUUGAGAAGCUGUCGAUUUCUUACAAUAAUCUAAAACACUUAUCAGAUGCGACGGUUUACGUUCUCAAGCAGAGCUUGGAGAGGUUAGAGUUAGAUCAUAACGAGUUGACAGCUCUACCAGACAGUAUGCGCGAGUUGGAACAACUUCGCCACUUAUCUUUAGCAUACAAUCAACUCGAAGAUCUCAAAGAGUUACCUCCUAAUUUACACUCCCUAUCUCUCGCUGGGAAUUUUCUACUUACGUUUCCUAGUGGUUUGCGGAAUCUCAACCCCGUAUCACUAAAUUACUUGGAUCUGGGGUAUAAUCGGAUAUCGUAUGUAGUAGCUGACCACUUCGAUGCGUGGUCUGAAGCGUUAACUACGCUGAGUCUACGUGGGAAUAGGCUGGCACAUCUUAAUUUAGGAUCUUUUCCUCCACUUCCUUUAAGGGAAUUAGUGUUAAGUUUUAACGACCUGUACUAUGUAGAGGCCGGUGUGUUCUCAAACUUAACAGAGUUGAGGAUCCUGGAGCUGUCAUCGGCGCUGUUUAGCGGUGAGAUUUCCACCGGCUCGUCUUCUGCAGCUCUCACGUGGCUCAAUUUAGACAACAAUAACAUUCAUUUAGUCUCCUCAGAGGACUUGCUCAACUUUCCAUCGCUGGAGUAUCUCAACUUAGAUUUUAAUAAAAUAAUAGAAUUUCCGAGCGAAACGAGCAGAGCGAACGUUUCAUACAAAUUGAAGGAAUUAAGGCUGUCGUACAAUUAUGUAAGCAGAAUAAAUUCGGAGUUUCUCGAGGAGUUGUCGGAAUUACAAAGCGUGGAUUUGUCCUACAAUCGCAUGCAGAAUAUAAGCGAACGAGCAUUUUCUAAUUUACGGAACUUGGUAUAUUUAAAUUUAGCCGGAAAUGUCGUCGAGCUCGUUGCCGAUGAGGCGUUCGUCGAUUUGCCGAAAUUAGAAGUAUUGAAUUUGCAAGAGAAUAAUUUAGCAGAAUUUUCUACGAGAUGCUUUAUAAAUGUAUCAAAUAAGGACAUGAAUUUUGCGGUGAACGUGAGCUACAAUAGAAUAACGACUCUUUCCGGGGGAAAGACGGUUUCUAUAAAUAUUUUAGAUUUAUCACAUAACCUUUUGGAGAUUAUAUCGCGGGAUUUUUUUGACUCGCUCGGAGAGCACGUGAGGCAAAUCAUUCUUUCUCACAACAAUCUCCUAUUGAUCGAUACAUUCGUAUUUAGCACUCUUCCAAAUUUAAAUAUUCUGAAUUUACAAAAAAAUAACAUAAAUAUGGUCAAACGUCGGGUGUUCUCAGAGAUGCCUUCCUUGCAAAUCUUGGACCUGUCCAGCAAUCACAUCGCGCAGCUGUCGGCGGAACAAUUCCACAGUCUGCACAGAUUACGUCUACUUAGGUUAGAUAGCAACAGACUACGCGCAUUACCUCGGGAUGUGUUCAAGAAUACUCUGCUAGAGUACUUAGAUCUGAGCAACAAUCAUUUGUCCCUUUUCCCAAGCAGUGCACUCGCACAAGUAGGUUUCACUCUACGCCGUCUCGAGCUAUCUCACAAUAAAAUCGAGUACCUGGAUGUGGCUAUGUUUCAUUCCACCGCAUUUUUACACGAACUGGGACUCUCACAUAACGCCCUGACAGUUCUAUCAGACAACACCCUCGCCGGUCUACCUCGGUUACGUCGCCUUGACCUUUCGUAUAACUCAAUUAAGACUAAUUUCAAGGAGCUUUUUCACAACGUUCCACGUCUACGACACUUGUCUUUAGAAAGCACAGGCCUUAAAACUACUCCUCAUCUUCCCCUCGCAAACCUAACUGAGCUCAAGCUAAGCAACAACUACAUAUCCUCGUACAGCGAGAGUGAUGUUCGACAUCUCUCCAACUUACGAGCUCUAGACAUAUCUGGCAAUAAAUUUACUUUGCUACGACCUGCAAUGUGGGCAGCGCUACCUUACUUAAUAUCACUCGAUGUAUCACGGAAUCCUAUUGUAAGAAUGCAGCGUGGCUGUUUUGAUGGAUUAGAUCGAUUGUUGCAUCUAAGGACGGAGCAUCUUCGAUAUUUAGAGACGAUUGAGCCGCGAGUUUUUCGAUCGUUGGCGUCUUUAAGGUCGCUCGUGUUAGAAUCACCUGCAGGGAAGGAUAGGGAGGUUCCGAUAGCGGAAAUAGUGUCAGUCAUACCUCACUUGGAGUCACUAGUGGUGCAGGUACGUCGGGAGUGGUUGGAUACCCAAUUGCUUCGGUUGCACGCACCGAAGCUUCGUGCGGUAGAAGUGCGUGGUGCGGCGUUGGAACGCGUGUCUGCUUCGGCCUUCUCCUCGUUGGGUCAUCAACGCGCACUGUCGCUGCGACUGUCGUGGUCGCGCGUGUCUGCGCUGCCAGCAGGGCUGCUGCGGCCGUUGGCACGUGUGCCGCAUUUAGCGUUGGACCUGUCCAACAACAGACUUGUUAGCUUCGGGCCUUCAGUUCUCUACCCGAACCAAACUGGUUGGAACCGGUUUGCGACUAAACUUUUGCCAGGUGGUCUUCUGCUGGCUGGCAAUCCACUUCGCUGCGGAUGCUCUGCCUCAUGGGUUGGCUCCUGGCUGAGGCGCUGGACUAGCGAGGUGGGCGGCGGCUCGCGAGGCGCGCGAGAAGCAGCGAGGCGCAGCGUGUGCGUAGCGGGCUCUGGCCCACGUCCCACGCGCCCACUGCUGGACUUAGCUGGUGACGAGGCCGAGUGCCACGCCAGCGCGCUCUCCAGUCACUCACACAGACUAAACAUGCAUAUAUAUAACACUAUACUUGCUGUGAUCGUUUUGCUAAUGUGUGCUAGUUAGUAUAAGUGCUAAAUCAAAAUAUUAACAAAAAAGUGAAACUGUGUAUUUCUGUGUAUACUAAAAGAUACGUGUGCAAGUCAGUAUAAACUUUGAAAUGAAAGAAUUUACGCAUGUUUGUUGCGUGCGUGCUGUUGCUGGUUUGACAAAAUACGUGAAUUUUGAAAACUUUGAUGCGUGAACUUUGGUCCGUGUUGCGGUCAUGGACAUUUGCAAAAAUGAUGUUACAUAAGUUUUGUAAGUUUAUUAAGUAUACUUAAGGUACGAUUUGUACGAAAAAGUUGUAUUAUAGUAUAAUAAGUAGCUGUAUAAGCCUGCAUGUAUUGAGACAUUUGUGAGUAAUAUUCGUAUGGCAACGAAUCUUUAUUACUAAAAAUAUCAGUAAUUUUGUGAUUUCUUAUUAUUUUUUAUUAUUGAAAAUGUUACAAUAAAACCUAAAGCCUUAUCUAAUUACUAUAGAUACAAAUCAUGCCCGUGUGGAAUGGUGCCAAGAAUACUGGCUGCAUUUCCGAGCCUGACAGCCAGGUCGAUCCUUUGGGGGAAAAAAUUGCCAGCUUUCUGUCACCAGAUGAGGAAUGUCUCGUGAAAAAUUUUCGCACUAAGAUUCCAUGUCCUUGAAUUUAU